ACCGACUCUCUCACAAACAAACAAUCACCCCUAUUGGGUCUUCUUCAUCCGUGCAGUGAAAUAAGAGUACCACAACCACAAGCUUUCCCUCUGUUCCCUCUCUCCUCGUUCGUUGCUUUUCUUCGAGUAUUUGAUGUAAAUGAUAUUCAUUUUCUCCAACUGCUUCUGUUUGCGUAGGAGAUUUUCCUCCCCAGAAUACCACUAGUCUUUCCCAGCAUGCCCCAUCCGGCCUUUAAUCGAUUCCUGGAUGGCCAACAAGUGUGUUCAUAUUUAACAGUGGGCCUUUAAAGUCAACAAACGUGUAGUUUGGAGUCUAUGCCCCUUCUAGAUGGAUGUUUACACUUUACAGUUUACAGCUCUCGUGUAGUCCUCUCCUCCCCACCUCAUCUGCAACUUGUGAAACACUGUUAAACUACCCAAGUUGUAAUCAGCUGGUGUUGCAGCCCAAAUGGGCAUUCUUUCAUUCAUUGUGAUCGGAGUUUGCUUUUCACUCUUUCCGUUAAAGACCUCAACUUCAGCUGCUUCCAUUCCCAACCAUGCCGGCUAUGAAUUGGGUUUCUUGAGUACCCUAAAGGGUGUUCAAAGGAGGAGUCUUUUGGCUCCAACUGACUAUUGUGACAACAAUGGCCUUUGUGGCCCGUAUUCAAUCUGCAACAUCAGUACUUCACCGGUUUGCAAUUGUUUGGAAGGGUUUAAGCCUAAAGCACCAGAUGAGUUUAAAAAUGGGCAAAGUACAGGCGGUUGUGACCGCAUUGAAGCUUUGAACUGCCAAAAUAAAGAUGAUGGGUUUGUGAAAUAUGCUGGGGUGAAGUUGCCUGAUGCUAUAGAUUCUCUGGUUAAUAAGAGUGUGAGUCUGGAGGAAUGCAGGGGUAAUUGUUUGAACAACUGUUCUUGUGUGGCUUAUGCAAGCUCCACUGUCAAUAAUUGCACUAUCUGGUUUGGUGAUUUGGUCAACAUUAGGAAGCUUUCCGAUGGUGGAGAGGAUUUAUAUGUUCGAGUGCCUGCGUCAGAAUCAAAGGCAAACCACUCACCUACGGCAAAGAUAGCGGGGAUCGUUGCAUCUGUUGUUGCGGUUGUUAUUGGAAUGCUGUUGGUUGCUUAUUGCAUUCACAGGAAGAGAACAAAGUUCAAAGAGAAAAUUGGAAACAAUGGAACGACAAAUCAGAACUAUGACAGACAGAACGAAGACAUAGAGCUACCAAUAUUUAGUUUGUCCACAGUACUCACUGCCACCGAUAACUUUUCAGUCAACAAGAAACUUGGAGAAGGUGGCUUUGGGCCUGUAUACAAGGGGAGUCUAGUGGAUGGUCAAGAAAUUGCUGUGAAGAGACUAUCACUAAGUUCAGGGCAAGGAACAACUGAGUUCAAAAAUGAAGUACUUCUAAUAGCCAAACUUCAGCACCGAAAUCUUGUAAGACUCCUAGGUUGUUGCAUUGAGGGAGAAGAGCGGUUGUUGAUUUAUGAAUAUAUGCCCAACAGCAGCUUGGACUUCUACCUUUUUGAUGAAAAUCGAGCAAGACAAUUAGCUUGGCCUCAACGCUUUCACAUUAUCUGCGGGAUAGCUAGGGGUCUUCUUUAUCUGCAUCAAGAUUCCAGAUUGAGGAUUAUUCAUAGAGAUCUUAAAGCAAGUAAUGUUUUGCUCGAUAAGGAGAUGAACCCAAAAAUCUCGGACUUCGGUAUGGCUAGAACAUUUGGAGGAGAUGAGACUGAAGGAGUUACAAGAAGAGUUGUUGGAACCUAUGGUUAUAUGGCACCCGAAUAUGCAAUUGAUGGUCAGUUCUCUGUAAAAUCGGACGUUUUUAGUUUUGGCGUUCUAUUGUUGGAAUGUUUAAGCGGGAAGAGAAGUAGAGGAUUUUAUGAUGCUGUUGAUGGCCUUAGCCUCAUUGGAUGUGCUUGGGAACUCUGGAAAGAAGGAAGAUCUGCAGAGUUGAUUGAUGAUUGCUUAAGGGAUUCUUGCAAUCUAUCAGAAAUCAUGUGUUGCUUCCAGAUUAGUCUUUUGUGUGUGCAAGAGCUUCCUGAGGACAGGCCAAAUAUUUCAAGUGUGAUUCUCAUGUUAGGGGGUGGUUCUGCCUUGCCUCAGCCAAAAAAUCCAGGUUUCUUUGCUAAAAAAAGUUCAUCCGAAGCAGAUUCUUUUUCAUGUAAGAUUGGAACAACAUCCUCAACUAACAAUGAAACAUCUUCAAGUAAGAAUUAUUCAUAUUCAACAUACGAGUCUACAAUGUCAGUAUUGGAGGGUCGAUAAGAUUCACUGGACAGCAAUUUUGUAGCAUGAACAGAUCAUGUUGAAAUUCUGAGACCUUAGUGGUGGAUUCUGAGAGCCCCAGAUCUGUUAAUGGUAGGUAAAAUGGGAACAUAUGUAGCCUGUGCUAAUCUGUUUCUGCUGCUAAAAGAUACUGUAAAUAGCUCAC